AUGAUAGAUGUAGAGAUGGCAAGUUUUUCUAUGAUGAAUAUUGUAAUAUUUGUGACAAUGGAUGAAAAUAAUUUUCAUUACAUCGAUUCAGUUCCGGAAGUUAUGGUGUCUAAAGUUCUAGCUAGCAACAGAAUCAUUGAUAUUUACAAGAAAAUUCCCAAACUUGGUGACACAUAUAUUUCACCAUCUCUACAAGUAGUUUUGGAUGUUGGGAAUGUUCAACAAAGAUCUGGUGUAAAGCGAAAGAAAAAAGUAGUUGAGGAAGCCCAGGCCUCAAAGGAAUCUAAAGAAGAAAACCAAGGUUUCUGUGAUUGA